GUCAAUCGUGCUGCUGGCAGCAUGGUACCGGAAGUAAAGCUGUGAAACUGUUAUCAACAAAGAGCAAAACAUACUUUCAUCUGAUCGAUCAGUUUGGCUUAACUUCAGAUUCUGUAGAUCAAAGUAAAACAUGGCAACGACUGCUCAACUAUUCGAGGAGCCUUUUGAUGCAGAUGAGUACAUUGAGAGGUUGGCCUGGAGAACCCCUGGAGGAGGCUCCAAAGGAGGGGCUGAGGCAUUUGACCCGAAAAGGCUGUUGGAGGAGUUUGAGAACCACAUAGAGGAGCUGAAACAGUUAGAUGAGAAGAUCCAGCGGCGGGUGGAGAAGCUGGAGCACCAGUGUCACAGAGAGGCCAAGGAGUUUGCUCACAAAGUGCAGGACUUACAGAGAAGCAACCAGGUAGCCUUCCAGCACUUCCAGGAGCUGGACGAGCACAUCAGCUAUGUGGCAACCAAGGUGUGUCAUCUUGGCGACCAGCUCGAGGGUGUGAACACCCCUAGGCAGAGGGCCGUGGAGGCACAGCGUCUCAUGACCUACUUCAACGAGUUCCUGGACGGGGAGCUGCGCAGUGAUGUCUUCAACAACCCAGAGAAGAUUAAGGAAGCUGCUGACAUCAUUCAGAAGUUGCAUCUCAUAGCCCAAGAGCUGCCUUUCGACCGGUUUGCUGAUGUUAAAGCCAAGAUUGCAAGUAAAUACCAUGACCUUGAGCGCCAGCUGAUCCAGGAGUUCACGGCGGCCCAGCGUAGAGGAGAGAUUGGACGCAUGCGAGAGGUGGCUGCGGUCCUCCUACACUUCAAGGGCUACGCGCACUGUGUAGAUGUGUACAUCAAGCAGUGUCAGGAGGGGGCGUACAUGCGUAGUGAUGUGUUUGAGGACACGGCCCUCCUCUGCCAGCGGGUCAACGCUCAGGUGGGAGAGGUUUUCCAGAGCCCAGAGACCGUAAUGGCCAAACUCAUUCAAAACAUCUUUGAGAACAAACUACAGGCCCAUGUGAAAGAAAAACUGGAUGAAACACGCCACUCUGACGUUGAACAAUAUCUCAAAAACCUGUAUGACCUCUACACAAGGACGACAGCUUUGGCUGCCAAGCUGACGGAGUUCAACCUGGGCUCAGACAAACACACCUUCCUGUCCAAGCUCAUUAAGAACAUAUUUUCCACCUAUCUGGAGAGCUACAUUGAAAUGGAGAAAGAUUACCUCCGCACACGCAGCUCCAUGAUCCUGCAGCGCUACUAUGACUCCAAGAACCACCAGAAACGCCCACUGGGCGGUGGCAGUAUCCAGGAGCUGAAGGAGCGGAUCAGGCAGCGCACCAACCUGCCUUUGGGGCCCAGCUUAGACACCCAUGGGGAGACUUUCCUGUCCCAGGAGGUGGUGGUCAACCUGCUGCAGGAGACACGGCACGCCUUCGAGAGGUGUAAUAGGCUCUCUGAUCCUUCGGACCUGCCCAAAAACGCCUUCUCCAUCUUCCUGCUGCUGGUGGAGCACCUGUGUGUGGACCACAUCGACUACGCACUGGAGAUCGGCCUCUCAGCCAUUCCCUCCGCUGAUGCCAAGAAUGCCAACCUGUACUUUCUCGAUGUGGUGCAGCAGGCCAACACCAUUUUUCACCUGUUUGAUAAGCAGUUCAACGACCACCUUAUGCCUCUUAUCAGCUCUUCUCCCAAACUGACUGAGUGCCUGCACAAGAAGAAGGAGGUGAUUGAACAAAUGGAGGUGAAACUGGACACUGGCAUAGACCGGACACUGAAUUGCAUGGUGGGACAGAUGAAGCACAUCCUGGCUACGGAACAGAAGAAGACAGACUUCAGGCCCGAGGACGAGAACAACGUCAUGAUCCAGUACACCGCAGCCUGCUCCAAGGUGUGCGCGUACGUGAGUCGCCAGGUGGAGCGCGUGCGGAAGUCCAUGGACGGUAAAAACGUGGACACGGUGCUGACCGAGCUGGGCGUGCGUUUCCACCGCCUCAUCCACGAGCACCUGCAGCAAUACAGCUACAGCUCCAUGGGCGGAAUGCUGGCCAUCUGUGACGUGGCAGAGUACCGCAAAAGUGCCAAGGACUUCCGGGUUCCUCUGGUGCUACAGCUCUUCGACACGCUCCAUGCCCUCUGCAACCUCCUAGUGGUCGCGCCUGACAACCUGAAACAGGUCUGCUCCGGCGAGCAGCUCACCAACCUGGACCGGAACCUUCUGCACGCCUUCGUCCAGCUGAGAGUGGACUACCGCCAGGCCAGACUGGGACGCCACUUCAGUUAGUGGCCCUGGCCAAGGGUUUCACGGUCCAUCCUUCUGUCAGUCCGUCCAAUCGCCACGCCCUAUGAGGUCACUAAACUCGACACGCAAACAGAAUUCAGCCAACCUGGAUGGAGUCUUGUCUCAGAGUGAGCCUUUUGUUCUUAUAUGCGGUAGCAUAUUUUUGCCCAGGCCAUCAUAAAGGCCAAGAAAGACCAUGCCAUCCUCAGACGUGUAACUCUGAGCUGUCUUGUUUUUAAAUACUAAUCCAACACCCCACCGUAGAAUAUUUAGUCAUAUUGCCGGUAAUAUGGACCUUGAUUUCCAUGGUUUCAACUUUAACUUAAAAAUACAUUUUGAUUUAAUUGUGCCAUAUAUAUAUAUAUCUGUGGCAGAAUUUGUGCACAGGAACAGACUGUAAAGUUGCUGCAAAGGGCAGGUUGAACUCUGCAUAGAUCAGGCCUGUCAUGGCACUGACUGACUGUAUACUGAAACCACCUUGUUGGAAACUGCCAGAGGAAUCUUUUCCCCAGACUCUCUUCUCCCCAGUCAAGCCUUCUAUGGAGCUACACUGUGCCAGGCAGAGGGACACACCUCUCUCUGACCCUUGACCCCUGACCUCAGACAGGGGGUGAACACACUGAGCUGCAAUCCAAGCUUUAACCGAUUAUGAGAGCCAACCAGGGGUCCUGGGAAUACGUGUGAGGUCAGGGGAUUUGGGUCAUUCUAAUUGCACAGAUCUACACCUGCUUAUUACCAGUCUCACCAUCCGUGCUGUCCGCUGGGUCCCGGGUCAGGCCGCAAGGAUAUGUUGCUCUUCGCUGCUUAUCAAGAUGUUGAGCAGUUUAGUGGACUCAGCAAGGUCUAUGGGAGGGCAGCAAGGGUCAAGAGCCAUGUGCCUCUGCUCUCUGUGGUGGUCAUGGAAUGUCUGUCAGUGUCCGGCAGACCAAACCUAUGCUAAGCUCCUUCCGGUGUACUGCUAACUACCAUAAUCCAUGACUCAAUAAAAUAUUGUGUUCAAUAAG